CUUGAUAUUAGGCUUCUUAGUGAUGACAGUGAGUUUGGUGAAUGUGGAAAUGAUGGUAGGUUUAGUAGAUAUGAAAAUAGUGGUAGGUUUAACAGAUAUGAAAAUAGUGGUAAGUUUGGUAGAUGUAAAGAUGGUGGUAGUAGAGUUACUUUUAUGUUAUCUUCAGAUACUUAUUAUUAUUAA